AUGGGCUUCUUUAAUACAACGCCUAGAAACUUGAUUUUUGUGCCUGCCAUUGAUCCAACUACUGCUGCCGAUCGUCACUGCUAUCGCACUCACAAGGCUGCAAAUACCACAUUGACGCAUGUCAUGCAUUUGUUUGAAGAGAAAAACAAGUAUCCUCCUGUGCCUGUAAGCGGUCCCCUACCUAUCAAAGCAAAUGGUGCCAUUGUAGUCAAUCGACCUGGUCAGCAAACUGCUGCAUCCAUCCGAUCCUUGCCGCUGUAUCUUCAAGGUUAUGAGAGCGAUAAUGAACAAGAAGAAUUGGUAUGCAUCUCGGAGAAAAAGGCAGCGCAGCCAAAGGAAAAAGCCCAAGAAAACAUCGCAGAAGCUAAAGAGAAAGAAGAACAAGAAGAGGAGGAAGACGAAUACCACACAACAACCGAAUCUUCCAUUUCUGACAACACAAGCAGCGAUUCGAAUGCAUACAAUGUUGUGCAUCUCGUCCACGAAGAGAAUCAUCGGUUGCGCCAACAAAUAUUGCUUGAAAGGGAGCAAAAUGAAAAGCACAGACUAGCCAAAGACCAUUACGAGCAAGAAUUAAUAUUAGCAAAGCAAUACAUCAAGAGCUUGCAGCGUGCCACAGACAGGUUUCAAAGGAUACUCUCAUCUGGAUUUGGGACAACACAAUCUCACACUGCCAAGCAGCUGCGAAGACAAUCCACAGGCGCUUAUUUCACUGAUGUGUCAUCUACUUUACCUACCAACGCGAUGGCCAUUUCUUACGAGCACAAGCUGCAAAUCCUCUUGAACGAAAUAGAAGCCAUGGAGCAGGAUGAAAUGGAGUCUACCAAACGCAUGACAAUACAAAGGAAUGAAUGUGAUAAACUGAUGCGCAAAAUCAAGUUCAAAAAUGAUAUUAUUCGACAGUUGGCUUAUGAUUUACAAUUUGCAAAGAGCUCACGUUGA